AGUAAAGUGGUUAUUAACUACACAGUACUUCUAUAUAAUCUAUACCAUCCUUAAUCCUUUUCCAUUUCGUGAUCUUGUCUUUUUCUUCUCCUUCUUUAGGUUUCCUUCUUUAAAAAAAAAAGAUCACAAAUUCUGAAUCUACAGAGAGAAAAAUGCUGACAACAACUCUUAGUGGCAACUAUGGCUUCCCUCUUUGCAUCUCUGGGAUCGCUCAGCAGUUAUCUCUCUCCAAAGAAAUGGCAGAUCAUGACAAGAGAAGGAAGGGGAUGAAGAGGAGAAGGAGAUCAGAUGAGUCCACAAGCCAUGGUGGAGAAGAAAUGGGUGUGGAGAGAUUCCAUGAGCUAUGGCUUCAAGAGAUGACAGAGAGUGAGGAUUUUAGAGAUCUAGUUGCUUUACUACAAAAUCUAGGGUCAUGGAGCUUUUCUUCUCACACAGCUAAAGCUGCCUAGUGUUUUAAAGAAACACAAAAACUCGUUUAGAUCUCAUUGAGCUAUGCAUGUUUCUUGUAAAACUGCAGAUCAAAAAUCUUUAAAACAUUCCUGGUUGUUUUCAGUGUUGUUUACACGUCUAUUUUGUCGUUGGUGUGAUGUUACGCUGCCUCUUUUAGUCUUAUCCUAUUAUUCUAGUUUUUUGCUA